AUGCCUCGGCCUACGCGCACCCGCAGAGGUGCUGGAAGAGGUACACGGCACCUUCCAGAGACUGAUCCUUCGGUCAUUAUAGGCAUAGACUUUGGAACCACCUUUUCGGGUGUGGCAUGGGCUAGAUCGACUCGACCAGAGCAAAUCAACAUAAUAACAAGCUGGAAGACUUCUCUCAACUUCAACAGCGACAAGGAAAAGGUCCCAACUUCCAUCUCCUAUAGGAACAAGAAUGAAGUAGUUGCCUGGGGCUAUGCGGCGCCUCUCGGCGAGUCUUCCCUGAGAUGGUUCAAACUGUGCCUUCUUGAAAGAGAAGAUAUACCAGAGUACUUACGAAAUUCGAACAAUCUCCAAACCGCGAGAGCUUCGUUGGAAAAGCUGGGCAUUCAUGCCUUGGAUGUCAUCAGUGAUUAUUUGCGAGAGUUAUGGAACCAUAGCCUUGGCUGCAUCGAGCGAGCCGAGGGGUCUUCCAUGCUGAAUCUUUCUUCGUUCAAGGUCAUCGUUACGCUCCCAGCCAUUUGGCCGCCUUAUGCCCAAUUCAGGAUGAAGGAAGCCAUUGAAAAGGCUGGGAUUAUGAACUUUCGAAGCACUGCGGACACGACUCUGCAGUUCAUCCCGGAGCCCGAGGCUGCAGCUCUGGCUAGCUUGCAAGACAUGUCCGAUAGGGCAGAUAUCAAAGUAAGAGAGUCCGAUCAUGUUGAGCUUGUCUUUGCGUUGCUGACGAACUCUCAUCCCCAGACCGGUGACCACUUUGUUGUUUGCGAUGCUGGCGGAGGCACCGUGGACAUCAUUACAUAUACCGUCACGACCAAAGAUCCAAUGAAGGUCAAAGAAAGCGUUAGAGGAGACGGAAAGCUAUGCGGUGCUACCUUUGUGGACGAGCGCUUCCGACUUCUCCUCAAAAGCAAAAUUCCUCUGUCUUCUUGGGAAAGACUUGGGGAAAAUGGUGUAGCGCGCCUCAUGAAUGCCGAGUGGGAAAACGGCAUAAAGCCUCAGUUCCGUAACGAUGGUCGCGAUUGGACUAUUCAGAUCCCCGUCUCGUCGCGGAAGAGAGAUCACGACGAGUUCAGUUCUCCAGAGAUUAGUAUCACCAACCAGGAGAUUGUUGAUGUAUUCAGGCCCAUAAUGGCUCAAAUCGUGGAGCUCGUGACAGCGCAAAUCCAAGAAGUCAAGAGACGAUACAAGAAGCUGCCUAAGUUUGUGAUUCUGGUCGGUGGCUUUGGUCGAUGCCAGCACCUUUUUAGCUGCCUGAAGCGAGGCUUAAAAGACAAAGUUGAGAUUCUUCAAAGCUCUGGAGCACGACCCUGGACAGCGGUCUGCCGAGGUGCAGCCCUUCGUGGCCUCGAGUCCAGCAACACCGCAGAAUCGGCAAUCUGCUCGAGAAUUGCGAGGGCGAGUUACGGCGCAAUAUACAAUAUGACACCAUGGCGCGAGAAAGAGCAUGAUGUACGAGACAAAGAAUGGUGUCCCAUCACCCAAGUCCAUAUUGCCGCCGAUCAAGCUUCCUGGUUUCUACGUAUCGGCGAUACUAUUAAAAUGGGCAAAGCUGUUGAAGAACAGUUCCAUCAGGAUUUUAAUGAGCCUGUGGACAGCAUUUCCACGUGUCUUAUUUACUCUAACGCCCUCAACCCGUCUCAAAGGUGUGACGACACGGUCAAGGAACUUUGCCAUAUCCGAUGGUCGAGUAUUCCCAAGUAUGACGAUCUACCUUCGUGGAAAAAUUCCAAAGGCCAGCUGGUUAAACGGCUCGACUACAUCAUCAAGAUGACAUCGAAUGGCGUAUCCCUAGAUUUCGAGAUUUCGUACGAAGGGAAAAUCGUGGCGUCAAAGAAUGUUGCGGUUGACUAUCGUGAGAGCGGCGUGGCGGCUCGUCAAUCUGUUGACCACCUUAACGUGGACGACAGUUGUGAUGAUGAUGAUGACAGUGGCACCUAUGUCCCAGAUUCUGAAAGAUCUGAAGCACCGAACUGGGGAAACCUAAGCUGGGACGACCACAUCGCAUCUAGAAUCCCAAACAUGUGA